AUGAAGUCCUUCGCCAUUUCCGCUGCCAUUUUGGCCUCUGUUGCCGCCGCCCUUCCCGCGAGCGUCGUGUCCAACGUUGCUUCUGGUGUCCUCUCCACUCCUAGCUAUACCUCCUCCGGUGUUCCCGUCAUCUCGAAUCUUCCCAGCAGCGUGAAUGUUGCUACCGAGGGUUACAGUGCUCAGGCUUCCGCCGGCGCCGCACAGGUCUCCACUGGUCAGAUUCCCAGCCAGGCCUCUGGCUUGGUUGACGGCAAGGUCAACAACGUCUUGGGCGUCACCGAUCAAGCCGGCAAGCUGGUCAAGGUUGUGCUGGAGCCCACCGUGGCCAACCUUUUGGCUGGUCUCAACUUGGGAGGCGUGGUUCAAUCCGUUGGUCAGAUCGUCCAGGUUGCCCCUACUCUCCAUGAGCUCAACCUUGAUGGUGUCACUGGCACCACCUUGACCGUGGCCACUGGCACUGGCGGCGUUGCUCUCGUCAAGGUCAACUCCCUUGUCGAGGGUCUCCUCUCCGGCCUUGGACUUGGCCAGACUGGUUCCCUGGUUGGCUCUAUCGUCGGCAACGUCGAGGGUGUCGUGUCUGGCGCUGGUUCUACUGCCAAGCGCGACGGUCUUCCCUCCAAGGUCAUGACCAUCACCAAUCUUCACGGUCUCCCGCUCCACAUCCAGCUCAACCAGUCCAUCCUGAACCUCCUCGGUGGCCUUGACCUGUCUUCCGUCCAGGGCGUCGUCGGUACCGUUGUCGCCGAGGUCCCCGUUGUCUCUCAGCUCGCCGGAGCUGCCCAGAACGUUGACGCCGACCAGAACCAGCUCUUCGGUGUUCUCGGUCAGGAUGGUGUCUCUGCUCUCCUCGUCAAGGUUGAGGGCACUGUCACUGGUCUGCUUUCCAUGCUUGGCCUGUCCAGCCUGACCACUACCGUCGGCAGCGUCGUCCCCGCUGGCCUCUUGUAA